AUGGGAAAGCUGUUGCAAAGUCUCGCCUCCGACAUGUACUUGAUUGAUCACCGAGUCGCAGCAGGCCUGAGUGACUUGUUGCGAAUCGUCAUGCAGCUAAUUUUUGUUGUUUUUACCAGCGGAACAACCGCGCCUCAAACCAUUGCCAUGAUGGUUGUGAUGCUGACGUUUUACUUCAAAAUCACUGCAAGGCACCUGCGCAUGUCCAAACACCUUAAUAAGCUUAUCCCACUCGCGACACAGCCUAUUUUAGAGCAUGCCAACUCCACAGAGUCCGGAGUUCUGACGAUACGGGCUUUCAAAAAAGAGUCAACGUAUGUUGAGCGCAUGUAUGACCUCUUGGAUGUCGACCUGGGUCUGAGCUGGCACAUUACUCUGGGCCAAAGGUGGAUUCAUGGCCGAUAUGGUAUUCUUGGCUCGUUAUUCGUCUGCGCCACAGCAGCGUCCCUGGUGCUUUCGGGUUCCGAUGCUGCUACGGCAGGCUUUGCCAUCAACGUGGCCCUUCAAAUCAAGUCAACAAUGAGUGGAAUGAUGGGCAAGAUAAAUCUUCUCACAAGCGGAGCUCGUGCUGUGGACCGUGUACUCGAAAUUGUUGAUGCUCCUAUUGAGAACCAAGAGGGCGACAAUUUGGCCAAGUCUUGGCCUGCUUCCGGCAGCAUCAAAGUUCAAGACAUGGCAGUUCGGUACGAUGCAAACCUGCCACUUGUUCUUCGCGGCAUUACAUUUUCACUUGCCCCGCGCGAACGCCUCGGCGUUGUUGGCCGUACAGGUGCCGGGAAAACAAGCCUCGUCAAUGCCUUGCUCCGCUUCAUUGACAUGGAAGGGGGGAGUAUACAUGUCGAUGGCGCGAAUAUUGCCUCCGUCAAACUGACUCGUCUUCGAGGCUCCAUAUCGUUCAUACCUCAAGAUCCGCUCUUGUUUUCAGACACGCUGCGCGCCAACUUGAAUAUUCAUGGAAACAAAUCGGACGACGAGUUGCAGGCAGCUCUGAAAAAGGUGGCUAUACAAGCUACGGAUGCAAAUAAUGCGAUUGACACUCUGAACGACCUGGACAUGGCUAUCCACCCGGGGGGCGAGAAUCUCUCCCACGGACAGAGGCAGAUGGUCUGCCUCGCCAGAGCAAUCCUCGACCCUCGGCGCAUUGUUAUACUAGACGAAGCAACCAGCGCUGUGGAUAAAGCGACCGAUGCCAUGGUUCAACAAGUCAUUCGUAGGGAGUUUGCAAAAUCUACCAUCAUUGUUGUAGCACAUAGGCUGGCCACAGUUGCCGAUUUUGACAAGAUCCUGGUCUUGGACGAAGGUACGGCUGUGGAAUUCGGGUCACCGGCCGACUUGGUGCAAAAGAAGGGUAUCUUUUGGGACAUGGUGAAUCAGAGCGGAGAUGCAGAAAAUGUGCGAACGGCUAUCGAGGCGCGUGGCUGA